AUGCAUUUCCUUACAAUGGCAAAAUGCCCGCUUCCAACAACCCAGCCGCCACCAAUCACCAACUCUGCAUCCUACCCUCCACCGCAAAGAGGACCACAACAGGUCAGCGAGGCGCCGCUGGUUAUCUGCGUGCCUUGCGUCGCCAUCUACGCAUCAUGGAAUUCGCCAAUGCCGGUGGUGGGUGCCACAGGCGAGGCCGGGAUGCUCUACCGUAAUCUCCAACUACCGCCAUCACUCGCCGUCCUACGGAGCGGCGUUGAUCACGGAAUCCGACCGGCGUUCUCAAAAGGAUACGCUCCUCUGUGUGGCUGCAGCCAUUUCUCCUAG